AUGGAAAGACUCAAAACAGAUCCAUCUGUUAUGAGAAGACAGAGUGGCCUGAACUUGACCCACUUCUGGCCGAAACAUGACUCACCCAUUGUCUUCUGUCAAGUGGAGGAGAGGAAGAGACUGGACACAUUGGGUCAAGAGGAAAGUAGCUCACAGUCAAAGUUCAACAUGACAGAGGCCAAGAAAAUUGUGGAGAUUGCAGAGAAACUGGUCUGCCAUUACAGAGUACCAACAGUUGGAAAUAGCCAUUCUGACACCUACUCAGCCCAGAAAGAGGCUAUCAGAAGUGAGUAUGGGGUGGUGUUACUGUCCACGGUGAGGUCUCGGAGGAUGAUGACAGGAGAGGAGGGGGAGACAGCUGACAUUGGCUGGAUCAGGAAGAACCUGGGGUUUGUGGCCGACCCCCACAGGAUCUGUGUCGGAAUUACACGCUCCAAGUUUGGUCUGGUCAUUGUUGGCAAUGAGAAUGUGCUCAAGUAUGACAGGAUCUGGAAGAAACUGAUUGAGCACUACAGGAAAGGAGGGUGUUUUGUACGAGGUGAUGACUUUCCACACUGAAUAUUUACAACUCUCAUUGCCCAUAACACUAUAAAAAUACAUAGUUGUUUUACUCAUAUCGUGUGAAACUGAAACGAUAUAAUAUUUUUAAAAUAGUCCUUUUUAUAUCUAUUUUAUAGUAUGUUGUCUAUAAUAUAGAUGUCGUAUCGUGUGAAACUUAAACGAUGCUUUACUUAGUUAAUAUCUAUUUUACCGCAUUUUAAAUAGUAUCUUGAGUUUAUCUUAUCAUUGUGUAGCUGUAACAUCUUUUAUAUCCCAUUAAGAAAAGUGAUAUGUUUUUAAUAUAAAAGUU